AUGUCCAAAGGUAUGGUAGUAAUGGAUGAAGGAAUUUUACCAAGAAGUUUCCGUCUUUUGGAAGAAUUAGAAAAGGGUGAAAAGGGUAUCGGUGAUGGUACUGUUAGUUACGGGCUUCAAAAUGGUGAUGAUAUUACUCUCACAAAUUGGGACGGAACUAUUAUUGGACCAUCAGGUACUGCAUUUGAAGGUAGAAUUUUCACUGUUAAUAUUGUUUGUGGAGAUCGCUAUCCUGAAAUUGCACCAACUGUUCGUUUUGUCAGCAAAGUUAAUAUGAGUUGUGUUGGUUUGCGUGGUGAAAUUCUUCUCAAUGAAUUCCCACUGCUUGGAUCUCAAUGGAAUAGCAAUUAUGAUAUUGCUCAAAUUCUGACUGGUUUGAGAAGAGAAAUGUCUUCACCAAAGAAUAAGAAAAAUUCUCAACCUCCUGAAUAUAGCACUUACUAAUUUAUU